AUGAAUCCUUAUAAUGAAACCAGAACCGAGAGAAGCGCCGAACAUUACCUAUUUGCCGUCGGUACCUACAAACUUCUCGCCGUGGCCAUCGGAACCAUCGGAGCGUUUGGGUUUUGCAACAACGUUAUUGUUAUUUUACUUUACUGCAAAUUCAAAAGACUUCGGACGCCGACUAAUUUGUUGCUCGUUAACAUAAGUUUGAGCGAUUUGCUGGUUUCUGUCCUCGGAAUAAACUUUACAUUUAUUUCGUGCGUCAAAGGAGGCUGGAUUUGGAGCCACGCAACAUGCGUGUGGGACGGAUUCAGUAACAGUUUAUUCGGCAUCGUAUCAAUCAUGACGCUUGCGGCACUGGCCUAUGAGCGCUAUAUCCGGGUGGUCCACGCCCAGGUGGUGGACUUUCCCUGGGCGUGGCGGGCCAUUGCCCACAUCUGGCUUUACUCCUUGGCUUGGACCGGAGCUCCUCUCUUGGGCUGGAACCGCUACACUCUGGAGAUCCACCGACUGGGAUGCUCCUUGGACUGGGCAUCGAAGGACCCAAAUGAUGCUUCGUUUAUUCUCCUCUUCCUUCUGGCUUGUUUCUUCGUCCCUGUUGGCAUCAUGGUCUACUGCUACGGGAACAUCCUCUACACAGUGCAAAUGCUGCGCUCCAUCCAGGAUCUUCAGACAGUUCAGAUUAUCAAGAUCCUGAGAUAUGAGAAGAAGGUGGCCGCAAUGUUCCUUCUCAUGAUCUCCUGCUUCCUGGUGUGCUGGACGCCCUACGCUGUCGUGUCUAUGAUGGUGGCUUUCGGCAGGAAGAGCGCGGUCUCGCCAACUGUGGCCAUUAUCCCCUCUUUCUUUGCCAAGUCCAGCACAGCCUACAACCCCCUCAUCUAUGUAUUCAUGAACAUAAAGUUUCGCCGCUGUUUGCUGCAGCUGCUGUGUUCAAGGUUGUCUGGGCUGCAGCACAGCUUCAAAGAGCGCCCCCUGGCUCCGGUCGAACGCCCCAUCAGGCCCAUUUUUGUUUCGAGUUCAUGCGGCAGCAGAAAGAGACCCAAAAAGAGGGUGACCUUCAGCUCCUCCUCCAUCGUCUUUGUGAUUACCAGCGAUGAUUUCCACUGCUUCGACGUCACGUCCCCUGCAGAGUCCUCUAGUAAUGUAAUUCAAGUGAGGCCUCUUUGA